AUGGGUAAUGUUAGUAGCAGACCAGAUGAUGGCGCGCCAUUAUACUUGAGGGAUCAGAAUCGCUUAACUAUAUCGUCAUUGUCGAUCACCAAUCAGCGGAGGAGAACCCUCUUAAACAUUGUUCCAAAUGGAUUCCCAGCAACAAGAGUCUCUGCGAUUCGCGACCUUGGAGAUAAUUCUGUGGUUGAAUAUGUUCAGGACCCUGAUACACUUCCUGGAGCCGCUCCGAAUCUCCUCCUCAAGGUCAAUAAUGACGAAGAGCUUACUUUCCACUUCACAUUUAUUAUACGACAAUCGCAAGGUUUUCUGUCUGCGACAAACGGCGCAAAAGAUGUAGUCGGCUUGAUGGAUACCGUUAUAAAUGGACUUACAUAUGUAUCAGCUUCGACCGCGCGAGAAGUAGAGAAUCUAGUCACUCGAGAAUUUCAUGCCGAUCCGAAUCUACACAAGAAUGCCAAUGUACAACUAGUUGGAGAUUAUUCUACGGGAGGCAGUCAAUCAGUAUCGUUCGAAUGGUCUUGGAAAUGGAGACCUCCGAAGCCAACGGAGGACCGCGGGGGUGGUUGGAGAAAUAAUUGCAGUUUUCUCGAAUAUGAUCAGCGAGCGCAUCGAUUAAAUACUCUUGCUAGCUUCUCAUUCUGGGUUUCAAGUAAAGCUACAAUCGCUCUGUCCCAAUCUUCCGCUAACAAAGUCUUAGAUCCGCAACCAUUAAGUAUGCCAGGCUCUCCAUCGCCACCUUUUCAUCUCGUCCCACCUCCUAAAUUGCGACUUCCCUCUUCUCAAUCCCUCGAUUCUCGUGUGAGCGGGCAAGAGCUAUCGUACUCUUUUGAAGAUGCACCGCCAUCGCCAAAUCCUCUUAGCCUCGAUUUCAUUGUCCCUCAAAGCCAUUUCACAGAUGCACCUAAGGUCGAUGUCUCUUGUCAACGCCCAGGCGAAGAUAUGAGUGCUACAGAAGAUGGACCUUUAUUUAGGGCCACUAUGAAAGCUUUGGAACAAAAAACUGGAAACAUGCGCACACGGAUGAAAAAGGUUCUCAGAAAGGCUGAGGCGGCACAGAUCGCCCAGAUGCAAUGCAACGAUGCAAUUGGGGGUUUUAUGGAAGCGCUUCGAGAAGCGUCCAACUCAAACGCAAACGCAGUCCAACCAGCCCUGGACCAUUACUUUGAUAAAAUUGCGCGAGAGAUUUUACAGUAUGAAAAGCAAAACGCUAUUAAUCUAGAGAAAGUCAUUAUAGAGCCCCUCGCAAAACUAUACACACUUGAUAUCAAACAAGCUGAAUCGAAGAAGCGCGAUUUUGAGGAAGAAAGCAAAGACUAUUAUGCAUAUGUCUCUAGAUAUUUGGGGCAGCGUCAAGACUCAUUGAAGCAAAAAAAGCGGGUGGAGAGCGAUACCAAAUACCAAACGAAACGUCGCAAUUUCGAGCUGAAACGAUUCGAUUAUUCUUCAUUUAUGCAAGAUUUACACGGGGGUCGAAAAGAACAAGAAGUGUUGUCACAUUUAACCAAGUAUGCAGAUGCUCAGACAAGGAGCUAUCUCGCAGCGGCGAAGAAAGUAGAACAAAUGCUUCCACAGUUGGAAGCCUUGAGCGCAGAAGUGCAGGAUGCGGACAAAGAAUUUCAAUACCAGAGGACUGAACGUGAAGAAAAACGACGUAAUCUCGAAAAGAGUACUGUUACAUAUGUGGAACCUGAGACAGUCCCGGUCGAAACAGUCGCACCUGGCACGUCGAGCUCAGGCAAUGGUGCAUACACUUCAGAUACUGAGCUCAACAGAGCAGACAGUACAGGGCAUCAAUUAAGAAUAGUACCAACAAACAGUACGAUUGCUACAGUCACUAAUGGAGGUGCGACAGAGUUUAGCAGAACUCCAGGGAGCCUCUCGUCCGUACAUGGUGGACCAGUAGGAAGCCCGGCCGCAAAUCCUCGGUUUCGUGGCAUUAGGGACCUUGAAGAAAAAGACCAUAGCCAAAUCACGGCGAGUGAAAAGUUGGGCACGCAACGUAAGGAGGGUCUUCUCUGGGCUUUAAGUAGGCCUGGUAGUCAUGUUGAUCCAAGAGGAUUGAACAAGCAAGCUUGGCACAAAUUUUGGAUCGUAUUGGAUGCUGGUAAACUCUCCGAGUACAGUAAUUGGAAACAGCGUCUAGAUCUACACAUGGAACCCAUAGAUCUACGUAUGGCAUCUGUUCGUGAGGCUCGUGAUGCGGAGCGUCGUUUCUGUUUUGAGGUCAUUACCCCUCAGUACAAGAGAGUAUAUCAAGCAACCUCAGAGGAUGAUAUGAAGAAUUGGAUUUCUGCUAUCAACAAUGCACUUCAGAGUGCAGUUGAGGGUAGAGGCAUGAAGGAUUAUCCUGCUCUGACACCACAACCCGAAGCUCACUCGAUGAGAAGAGAUAUUGGUUCGAUAUUGACAGGAAAGAGUUCUUCGUUGAAUCAGGGGCAUUCGUCGAACCAUAACAACACUUCUAAUACGAACAAUGUGUUUAGAAGAACGACCGUUGGUGCUAGGCCUGCGUAUGGCCGAUCGAAUAGUAGUAGCUUUGAUGAAAGCCCAGAUAAACUACUUCAGCUUCUACGAGAAACGGAUCAAGGAAACUGCUGGUGUGCAGAUUGUGGAUCUGGAAUUAAAACAGAGUGGGUGUCGAUCAACUUGGCCAUCAUACUUUGUAUCGAAUGUAGUGGUAUUCAUCGUUCACUUGGAACACAUAUCAGCAAAGUACGCUCCUUGACUCUCGAUAUUAAUUCCUUUACCACCGACAUUGUCGAAUUACUUUUGUUGGUUGGCAAUCGCGUUUCCAAUAUGAUCUGGGAGGCUAGGCUCGACCUGGCUACAAAACCUACGCCACAAGCUACAAGGGAGCAAAGGUUGAAGUUUAUCACGGCUAAAUAUGUUGAUCGGGCCUUUGUGGAACCAAUCUCAUCCACCCUCUCACGAUAUGGCACGGCGGACGAGACCCUUCUUGCAGCAAUUAAAAAGAACGAUGUUCAGCAAGUGAUUUAUGCUUUAGCGCUUAAGGCAAACCCUAAUGUCACGGACAGGUCUCGUGGAACGCAUUCAGUGUUUUUAGCUCUCGCUGCUGCUGAUCCAGCAUCUCCAGCACAAGUUGCAUCGCCCACUCGAGUUGAACAUGCUGCAAAAAUUGUUCCAUUCCCGAUUGCUGAAAUGCUCGUACAACACGGGGCUGAGAUCCCGACCGUUUUACCCGCAUUUCCUUUGAGUCGAAGCGCAACGCUGUAUAUCGAACAAAAGACUCACCGUGGAGGAAGUACUAAUGAUACACUAGCAGCUUUGCCAACCACAAUGACCCAACAAGACAAGCUUAAGGAACGAGAGGCGAGAUUGCAAAAACGUGUUAGUGCUGGUGGUCGAUUAGCUAAAGCACCUAUUCAAGAACGUUCGUGA